UGUCACAUUUAACACACAUGGUAUUGAUAGUGGAGCCACUUUGUAUAAUUAUUCAACAACAUUUGUGAUGAAAAGUGUGGCAACAAGCUAUGGGAAAAUCCCAGCAAAUCUAGCAGUCAUUGACCUAUCGAGCAACAAUUUCAGUGGUCAGAUUCCUGAGUCCAUUGGAAGCCUUAAGGCUCUCUACUCACUCAACCUUUCAAACAAUGCGCUCACAGGUCACAUUCCACCAUCGUUGGGGACAUUAACAGAACUGGAAUCAUUAGACCUUUCUCAAAACCAAUUGUCGGGAAAGAUUCCUCAGCAACUAGCAGAGCUAAAAUUCCUCCAAAAGUUUGAUGUCUCUUAUAACAAUCUCACAGGUCCUAUACCACAUGAGAACCAGUUCCACACAUUCGAGAAUACCUCAUUUGAGGGUAAUCAAGGACUGUGUGGAGAUCCAUUGUGGAAGAAAUGUGAAAACUUGCUGCUCCCACCAUCAUCUGCUUUAAAUAAAGAUGUUGAUUCUAAUUUUGGCAUUGAACUAGACUGGAAAUUCGCUUUGGCUGGAGUUGUUAGCGGGCUUGUUAUUGGACUCUCUCUUGGGGAGAUGGUGAUCCCAAGGACGCGGUUGGCGUGGUUGAUUUACUUCUCUAGAACAAGAUUGGUGGAACUGAUGAUCAGAAACUAAUUAAGUGUGUAUGUAUCCACAAUAACUAUUGUUCCUAUAUUAUUUUUCUGCUAUAUAAGUACUACUGUACAACUAAUAAACAUAUUGGUGUGAUUUUCUUUUGUAUAAAUUAAAUUAUGUCCUUCUUUCUAUACCCAACUUUUUGAA